CACCAGUGUUCACAGCUCUGCGAGUCUUUGUAAGAUAGCGAUACGUUUUCCUUCUGUCUGCGAAGGUCCUCGGCAGUAUAAACUACCAAGCAGUCCAUGUAGAAGAAUGAGAGGAGAGAAGCUGUUACUACCAAUGAUACUAAUGUCUGUGAUGAUGAGUUUUUCACCAGUACAGAUGUCUAAUGGACAGCAUGUGGCAGAAGAGGCCUGCACUGUUCAGAUCCUUGUCCCUGGACUCAAAGGAGAACCUGGGGAGAAAGGACAAAAAGGAGCACCUGGGAGACCAGGAAAAGUUGGCCCGCCUGGAGAGAUUGGUCAACCUGGGGUUAAAGGACAGAAAGGAAUUAUGGGACGCUAUGGAAAAAUGGGCCCAAGUGGAAUAAAAGGGGUAAAAGGAGACAUCGGGGAGCCAGGUCCAAGGGGCCCUGAUGGAGAGCCAGGUGUUCCAUGUGAGUGCACGCCGAUGAGGAAGAUGAUUGGAGAAAUGGACAUUCUUGUGUCUCAGCUGUCUUCUGAACUGAAAUUUAUUAAAAAUGCACUGCCCUCCCCUGCAGCUGUUGCUGGCAUAAAAGAAACAGAUAGUAAGGUCUAUCUGUUGGUGAAGGAGGAGAAACGCUACUCUGAUGCUGAGGCCUACUGCCAGGCGAGGGGAGGGCACCUGGCCAUGCCCAAGGAUGAAGGAGCCAACACGGCUGUCGCAGGGUGCAUUGCCGAAGCAGGUCUGAGCAGAGUCUACAUUGGCAUUCAUGACCUGGACCACGAGGGUGUUUUCACCUAUGUGGAUCGCUCUCCCAUGACUACCUUUAGUAAAUGGAGAAGAGGAGAGCCAAACAAUGCCUAUGAUGAUGAGGACUGUGCUGAGAUGGUGGCCUCAGGGGAGUGGACCGAUGUGGCUUGCCAUCCCACCAUGAAUUUUGUCUGCGAAUUUGACAAAGAUAGUAUCUAAGUAAAGUCUUUAUUGAUGAUACUGCUGAAAGAUGAUAAAUAUGAUUACAUGUGUUCACAGCAUUUGAGCUGUAUCUUCUAAGUUGUAAAUAUGACGACAAAAUGACAUACACGUGCACGGUAGUAUAUGUUCUACUUCCUCUUUUCUUUAUUCACUUUUAAGCUUUUUUUUUUUAAAUCACUUAAAAAAUGAUUUUACUUGAUGUUAGAUAUCUACUUCUUUUAAGUACACCGUUGUUCUCAUACUCUGAUUCAUUAGUGCUUCCAACAGCAUGCCAGGCAAUGUACUGAAUCUUUAUGUUAUGUAAACUAUCCACUAAGCAAUAUUUGCAACAGUAACAUCAGCCAACCAGAUGAAUAAGCAAAUGCAGAGAGCUGUAGAUUAUGUAAAAAGUAUUAAAUUAAAAGAAGGAUUUUGGUUCCAGUCGGGUGCUUUUAAUCAGAGUAAUGGAAUACAAUAUGCAUUCUGUAUUUAUAUAAUAUGUUAUGUGGCAGUUGCUGGCCAAUAAACAUUGAAGUGAUAAUUUAAAAAAAAAAAAAGAAAAGAAAGAAAGAAAUUGUGUCUGAACAUUAUUUUCUGCCCCAGAGUUGACUUUGCCUAUUUAGUGGAGCGGCGCCUUGAGCCAAACCCUGAGACAGUCGCCACCCAGUGGAUAAAAACUGCACUACAUUGUAAGAAGUUCUCAAACUGGGACAUAUUUUGUGGCUUGGGCUGCUCCAUAAGGAUUUUUUCA